AUGGCCAUGGCUGAGAGGCCGCGGCCUGAGUGGGCCUCAUAUCAAAACCCCAACACCAACAACUGCCAGGACAUGGGAAAUUCCAUCCUCCUGCUGCUGGGUCUCAUCAUCUGUAUCAACAUCGGCAUCAACCUGGUGACCCUGCUCUGGGGCCGUCUCCGCAUCAUCCUACACCAAAUGUUCCAUAUCAUUUGUGAGAAAGAAACUACUAAAUUAUCCUCACCUGGGAGGCAGACCCAGCAUUCAAGGAAGCAGACCUACCCUGAAGUCCAUCUUCGAUGUACUAUGGACCCUGUGAAAAUGACCGUGACCCCGCCACCAACUCGUCGUCACCGCCGUAGGGCCUCUCCAUCUCGCCGUGCCUGCCGCCCAGCACCUUGGGUCUCUGACGCUGACGAUGAGAAGCCUCCGCAUCAGCACCAGGAAAUCUGCUCCCACCACUGGGAUGGUCCUAAGGACUGGGAAGGUUUCCAACCCGUGCAGGAGAUCUGGGAUCCUUGGACUCAGGAUGCUCUAGAGCAGCCUCCCCAGACCAUCCGCUUCCAGGCACCAGUAGAGGGAAGGCCUCUCAAAAGAGAGGUCCAGUCAGAGCAGGGCCUAGAGGCCUAUGUGUAUACUGUGAACCCCCCACCUCCCAACCCAGAGGCGCUGAGCCAUAAAAACAAUGGGGUGGGGCUGGGGACAGGUGCCGAGGGUGAACAAGGACAGUGCCAGCCUCCCUCACCACCCUUCCUGGGUCCAGCAAACAUCCCUGAGAUACCCCAGCGCCAUUCUUCAGGCCGAAUAGUGUAUGAUGCCCGAGAUGUGAGGCGCCGGCUCCGAGAACUGACCCGGGAGGUGGAGGCUUUGUCUCAUUGUUACCCCUUGGUUUCUGGGUCCAGCACAGCUGAGGGGACAAGCCAGGAUUGGGUGUAUCGUUCCCUGAAGGGAAGAUGA